AUGAAGGAGUGCGAGUACCGGCAGAUCCCGCCGGGCACCCCGGCGGCGCCGCCCUCCUCCGCCUCCUCCUCCUCGGCGGAGCCCCCCGGGGCGGCCUCGGGGGCCGCCGCCCCCGCAGCCGCCCCGGCCGGCCUCCAGCGCCGCAAAUGGGAGGCCUUCCCCGGGCGCAACCGCUUCUACUGCGGCGGCCGCCUCAUGCUGGCCAGGCACAGCGGCGUCUUCCUCCUCACGCUCGGCCUCGUCGUGCUCACCAGCGGCCUCUUCUUCGCCUUCGACUGUCCCUUCCUGGCUCGUAACCUGACCGUGGCCAUUCCUAUCAUCGCUGGCAUCUUGUUCUUUUUUGUCAUCAGCUGUUUACUGCAGACCAGCUUCAGGGACCCUGGCAUCCUGCCCAGAGCCACCCCCAGUGAAGCUGCAGACCUGGAGAAAUGGAUUGACAACCUGGGCACCUCCACUUAUCGGCCACCUGCCCGCACUAUGGAAGUUGUUAUAAACAAAUACGUGGUGAAGUUGAAAUACUGCUACACUUGCAAAAUGUUCCGUCCUCCCAGGACCUCCCAUUGCAGUGUCUGUGACAACUGUGUAGAGCGCUUUGAUCACCACUGCCCGUGGGUGGGUAACUGCGUGGGGAAGCGCAACUACCGAUACUUCUAUGCCUUCAUCCUCUCUCUCUCCUUCCUGACAGCAUUCAUCUUUGCCUGUGUUAUCACCCAUCUUACCCUACGCUCCCAGGGAAGUGACUUUAUCACUACUUUGAAGGCAACACCAGCCAGCGUGUUGGAACUGGUGAUCUGCUUUUUCUCAGUCUGGUCUAUUUUUGGCCUCUCAGGGUUUCACACUUACUUAGUUGCCUCCAACUUGACAACCAAUGAAGAUCUCAAAGGGGCGUGGUCGAACAAGGGAGGCUCCGAAUUUACCAAUCCAUACAGCCAUAAAAGCGUCCUCACCAACUGCUGUGCAGUGCUCUGUGGACCCUUCUAUCCCAGUUUAAUAGACACAAGAGGAUUCAUUGAGCCAGACGCCGGGACCCCGUCCACUCCGAAGAGCGAAAUCCCCUCCUUUGGAACAAAAUCCGAUGCCAGCAUGGUAUGAUCCAUCCCUUAGCAGUGGUGCCACAUAGUCCUGUGCCUACCUCCAGCCGGUGCCUCUCUUCCAUUUACCAUUUCCUGAGUUCCACGCAAGGCAGCUUUGUGGGGUGGAGCUUC